AUGACCUCAGUGAAGAAAGAGAUGGUUGGGAAGACAGAUGUAGCUUAUGGCUUGAGGUGGAGCAGCCGCCCCGGCGACCUGUGUGCCAAGGGCCCGUGUCACAAGGUAGCAGAGGAGCGUUUGGAGAAGAAGCUCCAGCACUGCCAACCUUUGAUGUCUGACACCUCCGCAAGGAGCUGUAUGACACCCGACGCGAUGGAGUACGAAUGCAUUCUGUGUCGCCGUGUAAAGGCAGAUCCGGACAUGUAUGGGCCAAAACUGAGAUAUCAGUGGAUCUAUGCUCAUCACCUUUGCCUGCUUUUUGCCAGUGACCUUCAUCCACGAGGGACCGAGCAGGAAGAAGUGGUGGAAUUUCAUCCUGGAGAGGUUUAUCGUACAGCCAAGCGGGCAGCCCAGAUGGGGCUGCUCUGCUCUUUCCAGGUCUGCUUUGUGUGUGGCAAGAGGGGGGCCACCAUCACCUGCCAGGAGACGGGCUGCGACCGCAGGUUCCAUCUCCCCUGUGCCGUGGAGGGUGAAUGCGUCACCCGUUACCUCCUGCCGUACAGUUCCUUCUGCUGGGAGCACCGCCCACAGCAGCAAGAGCUGGCGGCUCCAGAGGACGCCAACUGCCUCAUCUGCAAGGACCCUGUGGAAGGCAGAACCACCUAUGGCACCAUGGUGUGCCCAGCAUGCAAACACGCCUGGUUCCACAGGGCCUGCAUCCAGGGACAGGCUAUGAAUGCUGGCGCUUUUUCCUUGGUGUGCCCUCUGUGUCAAAAUAGGAGACAGUUUCUGACAGAAAUGCUCUCCAUGGGGAUCCGAGUCCCCGUAAGGUUGGUGUCCUCCUAGCCAGCACUGUGCCACGCUUGGACCUGCCCCCGCAGUUGUGGCCCUGCGCUGACCCCCAAGUGUAGGCUUUAGCUCCAUGGAGGAGUUGGAAACAGGGUGUGGGGGGAAGAGCGGGGAGGCCCUGCAUAUGCCUGAUGCUGGGGCAGCAGGGGCUCAUCGAUUUUCCUUUUUCC